GUGGGUAAGAUGCUCACUUUGCGGAGUACACGGUGAACGCGAUAGCAACUAUUUGAAUCUAUGCUCUGUUUUUGCAAUCUUCUUGUGGGUUCUGCUGUUUUUUCUUUUGAUCAAGUAGUCAAUGCAAGCUUGUUCACCGUGUUCAACGUCGGUCAGUCAUCAGGACGGGUAAGACAAUUGGUGGUGACCCAUGGAGGAACGAGCAGACAGUCCGAUAGCAGUGAAAGUGGAGGGCAACUCUCACCGCGUCAUCUUGACGUACUUUGAGGGGGACAUUAACAGCAUGGUGGACAAACACUUCUCACGAGCUCUCAGCAAAAUCAGCAAGGCCAACGAGCCAACUGCAAGCUCAAAGAAAAUCCGCAAAACUGUGAAAAUGGAAAACACAGACAACUGUCAGGGGAGCGUGUCUGUCCCUUACUCAGAGUCACAGGUCCCUCCUGUAAUGGGACACAUCCUGGCUAUCGGCUCUGCAGAGGAGACCCCAGGCUCCUGGAACGCAUUCAGAUCAAGAGAAGGUCCGGCGCUGUCGACCAUCAUGUGCUCCCUGUCUCCAGACGGGCUGAGUCUUACUGGACAGCAAUACUCCACGUCCCUGCUCAACCUGCUGCAUGGCGACCGGGUAGAGAUGGGAGCCAGCAUUGCCUCCAGCUCCAAGCCAGAGCCACUUCCAAGCUGGGCAGUGCCCCCGGGGUUCAGAGAGUCCGUAGACCCUUCACUAGGCUUUGAACCUGGGCGACAUGGGGAAAAGAAGGACUUGUACUGGUACUGAGAGGAAAGCAGAGGGUGCAGAACAGAGGACAGCUCUAGUCUUUAGCAUCUUUCUGUUUGCUUCUGUUAGAGCAGCAUUUUGAUUCUCUCUCCAUUCUUUACUGACAUGACCUCAACACCUGAGCACGCACUGGGAGAGCUUCUCCAGUAGGAAAUGCUCAUUUACAAACCAGUUCUUCAAGCUUUGUCAUUCCUCUUUUAAGUCUCUGAGCAGUGUGUCUGUUUUCACACGUUUCGAAAUGAAGUUGGCUAAAGUGCAUUUUCUUUAUGGGUUUUAUUUCAGUCAACAGACCAGUGUUAAGUCGGAAAAUUGUGAGCCUCUUAGAUCAUUAAAUAUUAAUGUAGCUAAAAACUGAUCUACCUACAGUUCACCUGGUUCAGGUUUCUUGGAAGAUACACAAACAGGAAGGGGAAGGUGUGUUUGGUUGUGUUGUGUUUGGUUGAUAAAGAUCUGGUGAAAAAUUUUACUUGUUUUAGGUACUGUAAAAAAUAUAAUUCAGAGUAAUCAAAGACAUCAGUCAAAAUUCAACCCUGCUUAUAAAUAAAUUAUACUAAAUUGAUGUCUUACCACUGGAGAUAGGCACCAGCUCCACCACGACUCUGCACGUAUAAGUUGGUAUAGGCAAUGCAUGGAUGAAUGAUACAUUGAUGUCUUUGAGUUAAACAGUGUGUUUCUGACCCCUGUUUUUGGGUUUCAAACCACAGUCUUUAUGAAGAAAUUGACAUGAUUUCUGAUAAACACUAUCCCAUUUUUCUGACAUUUAAAAUAGAAUAAUGAUUUAGGUAAUACUAACUGACCUAAAGCAGGUCAAAUUUUUACCCAUUUAAUGCCAGAGAGUGAGAUAAAAUACUGUCUUUUUUAUGCAGGGUAUGUAAAUAUCCAAUUUAUCCAAAUGAAGAAACUAGUCCAUUUCUAACCUUUAAUGUUCCAUUUUGUCCCUACAGUGAUGAUCAGUUUAUGAUCAGCUAUAGUUCCUAAGAUAAGUUAACUUACGUAAGCACAAACUUUUUUUAUUUAACAUGUAUAUUGUUGGUAAAAAUAUUCUUUCACUUAAGUAUUUUAAAUGUGUAAACACAGCACAUUUGCUUUCUGUGUAGAGAUGAUCUUAGAGUCUGUAUGGUUCAGCUCUGUCAGUUUCUUAAAUAAUGAAAAAAAUGUGUUGGGCAUUAAAUGUAUUCCUUUUUUGAAUAAACAGUUAAAAAAAGGUGUAAAAUUCA